GUUUUACGUGACUGGCUGUUGUGAAAAGAAAGCGGCCUACCUUACAAAUGCCAGUCUUUGAAGGCAAAUGUACUAUAGAUGUGCUUUGGAACCAAAAGCUUCCCGAGAACUUUAAUAUUAUAAAAGUUGGAAAGGUUUUUCGGCAGGCAUGUCAAUCUCUGGUUACUGGUUGUGAAGAUGGUGUGAUAAGAAUAUAUGACAUUGCACAAAUACAAAGAGGAAUAAAUGUUAAGCUUCUCCAUAGUUUGGAGACCAAAGGUGGCCCUAUUCAGGCACUGGCAGUCCAUGAUGUAACAAGGUUUGGUGCCACAGAUCUAGUAGUGGGAGAUUCCAGAGGAAGUGUCACCAUUUUCUGCCAAGAACAGAUCCUGAGUAGAAGUCAUGUUUCUGAUCACAGCAUCGACUGCAUGCAGAUACAGCAAGAUGACACUGGACAUGUUGCCGUGGUAACAGGAGAUAGCGAUGGGAAUGUCUGUGCCUUGCUUCCUUACAGUGAGUUAUGGAGAAUAAGAGCAAGAGACCAUGUGCCUGUUCCAAAGUCAGUAUCUGGAUCCUAUAAGAUCAAAUCCCUGCUAAGUCUGGAGAUCCCUAGCUGUCCUGGUGUUGCGUCAACAAAUUACAUACUGGCUUCUGAUUCCUGUAGAAACCUUUACAUCAUCCAGCAGGGGUCUGUGGUGAAAGUCAUACAGACUCCCUGCGUAAUUAGUGCAAUGACUUGUGGCAAGUUUGCUCAUGUUGAAGGAGAUGAUACAGCACCAGUUCCUGAUGAAGUUGGAAGUUUGGCUGCCUCAAAAUCUGCUCACCAGGUGGCAUUAGGUGGAGAGACGGGAGCAAUUUACAUUCUCCACAAUUUUCAGAUUUUGUCAGAAGAAUAUGCCAACAUUGAACUUCCCAUUACUAAGUUGAGCUCUCUGCCUGGUGAGAACCAUAGUGACCUGCUGUUGUGUGCUGGUUAUUUCAACUCCUUGAUAGUGGUGCAAAAUGGGAAGGAAUUGUGCAAGCAUACUACCCCAGACUGGGUGAACUCUAUUGUGGUAACUGACAGGGAUAACAUACUACUUGGAUGCAUUGACAAUACUGUACAAAGCCUGAGGGUGAAACUUAGGUGACUUACGAAGAAAAAUUUGAGUCGACUAUUAUCACUGGGAAAAAUUUAUUUGUCAAGAAAUGUAAAUAAAUUAAAUGAAUCUACAAGAAACAUUUCAUGCACUGUUGCAAACCUCCAAAGUAAAAGUUGGUGGUAUGGAACCACAGUGUUUCCCACUAUGAGUAAUGGUUAACAAAUAAUGCAUCUUAGGAAGUCAAAUGUCAUGUAAUAUUUUUGUGGUCGAGAAUGAAUUCUUACACUGACAAAGGGUGGGCUUUGAAGUUUUUGUUAAAAACUUACCUGCCACUUCAAUAAGACACCAUUUGAAUGGUUGUAAUUAUCUAUCUCAUAUUUUAAGCAAUAAAAUGUUUUGGGUUAAUUUUUGUGAGGAGGGUUAAAUAACAUUCAUUGCUGUGGGAUCAUUAGAAAAAUAUAUGUAUCAGACUGUCA